AUGGCAAAGGAGUGGAAGAAUAUCAACGUCAGCGCCGACGAGGCCACGUACGUGUUCGCGCUGCUCGACGUCGACGGCAAGGGGGAGGUGCAGUUCGAGGAGUUCUUGAGCGCAUGCUUGCGGCUGAGGGGCAGCGCGAAGUCACUGGACGUGCUCAUUCAGCUGCAGGAGUCCCGGCACGCCAAGAAGGUGCUGGAGGACAUGCUCUCCGGCAUCGAGGAGCACGUAGUCCGGAUAUCAAACUCGAUCUCGGGCGCCCAGGAGAUCGAAGACAGGGUAGCCAGAAGAACAGCGGUCAUGCUGCGCCGCGUCCUGCAGAGGGAGGCGUUCGGCCCCCCGAAGCAGCCAGACGUCGAGAUCGUGACGCCCUCGACCUCCGAUGACGAGGUGUGA